UUUCCCUCACAGAGCUCUGUUCUCAGAGUUCCCUGAGAACAGGGACUGACUGUCAAAUCGCCCUGGAAAACAUAGCUCUGUGAGGGGAAUAUUGGGGCCUCCUAACAGCUCCCAGCACCCUUAAGAAACUUUGGUUCCCAGGAUUCUUUGGGGGAAGCCAUGACAGUUAAUGUGGUAUAAUAGAGGUCAAGCUUCCCAAAGGAGACACCAUGAGCUGAAGGUUUAGGCAAGGCCUCAGACUAUCACCUCUGUUGGUGCUUAAGGAAGUGAAGAGCAGAGCACAAAGGGAGCCCUGAUGUGUCUCAGCCUAGCCGGGCAAAGACGCGGGAGUCGCGGGAAGCGCACCAUGCCCGGGACGCGGCUGAUCCUCAGCCUGACUCUCCUCUGCGGCUGCACGCAGCUUCUGGUCGAGGCCAGCUCCUGGUGGUCAUUGGCUAUGAACCCAAUCCAGAGACCUGAGAUGUACAUCAUUGGCGCCCAGCCUGUGUGCAGCCAGCUGCCAGGGCUUUCCCCGGGGCAGAGGAAGCUUUGCCAACUUUACCAAGAGCACAUGGUGUACAUUGGUGAGGGGGCCAAGAACGCCAUCAAGGAGUGCCAGUACCAGUUCCGGCAGAGACGGUGGAAUUGCAGCACAGUGGACAACACGUCUGUGUUCGGCAGGGUCAUGAGCAUAGGUAGCCGAGAGACUGCAUUCACUUACGCUGUUAGCGCUGCAGGGGUGGUGAAUGCCAUCAGCCGUGCCUGCCGUGAAGGGGAGCUUUCCACCUGCGGUUGCAGCCGGACAGCCCGGCCGAAGGACCUGCCCCGAGACUGGCUUUGGGGCGGAUGCGGGGACAAUGUGGAAUAUGGCUACCGUUUCGCCAAGGAAUUUGUGGAUGCCAGGGAGAGGGAGAGGAACUAUGCCAAGGGAUCCGAGGAGCAGGCCCGCACACUCAUGAACCUACAGAACAACGAGGCCGGCCGCAGAGCAGUGUACAAGUUGGCUGAUGUCUCCUGUAAGUGCCAUGGUGUCUCAGGUUCCUGCAGCCUCAAGACCUGUUGGCUGCAGCUGGCUGACUUCCGCAAAGUGGGAGACCUCCUGAAGGAGAAGUACGACAGCGCCGCCGCCAUGAGGAUCAGCCGCAAGGGCAAGCUGGAGCUAGUGAACAACCGCUUCAAUUCGCCUACUCCAGAGGACUUGGUGUACGUCGACCCCAGCCCCGAUUACUGCCUGCGCAACGAAACCACAGGCUCCCUGGGCACCAAGGGCCGGCUCUGUAAUAAGACCUCGGAGGGUAUGGACGGCUGUGAGCUGAUGUGCUGUGGCCGAGGCUACGACCAGUUCAAGAGUGUGCAGGUCGAGCGUUGCCACUGCAAGUUUCACUGGUGCUGUUACGUCAAGUGUAAAAAGUGCACAGAGAUUGUCGAUCAGUACGUCUGUAAAUGAAGGGCCCACAAGAGCUACAAAUCUAUAUUAUAUAAAUCUAUAUAAAUCUAUUUUAUAUAUUUGUAUAAAUAAAUAGAUGGUGAUGACGAUAAUAAUUAAAGACAUUUAUUUAAGAGA